AUGAAGACAUUCGUUCUCAUUACAUUGAUCGGUUUGGCCGCCGCCGACUCUACUGGUAAAACUACCAGAUAUUGGUGAGUUAAAGUUAUAUGAUUGGUAGAUUAUUUAAGGCUUUGUAAUAAAAAUUAAAACUAGUUUACUAAUUAUAAUAUGGUUGAAAUUAACGUAUUUUACCUUCAAUAAGUUGCUUACUUUACUGUAACCCACCAACCUUUAGGGAUUGCUGCAAGUCUUCCUGCUCAUGGCCAGGCAAAGCCACCCUCAGCCAAGGCCCAGUCUCCGAAUGCGACGUCAGCGACAAGCCCUUGAACGACGAUGGCAACACUCAAUCUGGCUGUGACGGAGGCAGCGCUUACGUCUGCUCCACCCAACAACCAUGGGCCAUCAACGACACCACCUCCUACGGAUUCGCCGCCGUCAACAUUGCCGGUCAGUCCGAGUCGGACUGGUGCUGCUCUUGCUACGAACUCACCUUCACCAGCACCGCCGUCUCUGGCAAAAAGUUCGUCGUACAAGCCACCAACACUGGCGGUGACUUAGGAGACAACCAAUUCGACUUGAUGAUUCCUGGCGGAGGUGUGGGCAUCUUCAACGGAUGCACCGCCCAAUGGGGAGCUCCAUCUCAAGGCUGGGGAGCUCAAUAUGGUGGAGUUAGUGCCGAAUCCGACUGCUCCCAACUACCAUCGGCUCUGCAACCCGGCUGCAAGUGGAGAUUCGACUGGUUCCAGAACGCUGACAACCCAACCAUGACCUUCAAGAGAGUCAAGUGCCCAGCCGAGAUCAUUGCCAAGACCAACUGCGUCCGCUCGGACGAGUCUUCCGUCCAGUAA